AUGCGCAGUGGGUUGGCCUGCCUACUCGGCUUGGCUGGCGUAGCCUUGACUAAUGCAUACAGUCUGGAGAGGAUCGACGGCCUGGGAAAGAGAGAUGGCCCGGCGGUUCUCGCGGUGUCGAUGGUACGCGACACGUCGCGUCGGCUCUCUAAGCGAUCGAAGACUGUCGAUGUCGAUCUUGACAACGAGCGAGAUGGUGUACGUUGGUCCAGCGCUUACAAUGGAAAUGACUUGCAGGCUAACCUCGCUUCCCAGUACACAUCUUAUGUCGCAAAUAUGACUUUUGGCACCCCGCCACAGCAUUUCUUAGCUUACUUCGAGACCUGGGGUAACGGCUGUUGGCUUGAGAGCGUGGAUGACUCUGAUUGCGAGCUCUACGUGGACAGGUCCCUUUGUGGUGGAUAUGGAGGCUACAACCUGACUGCCUCAACCACUGCACAAAAGCUCGAUGAGAGAUUCGCAUACAAUGAUUCCGGCACAAUGACAGAUGGGGACUUUGUGACCGAUGUUCUGAAGAUUGGUGGUGUAACAGUGGACACUAUGAAGAUGGGGAUCGUUACUAAUGAAAUAAUCACUGCCAAUACAUUAAGCCUUGGAUACGGAAAUGCAUCUUCCACCUCUCUAACCCAGGCCUUAGCCGACAUCGGUGCCAUUAACUCUCCGGCCUUCAGUCUUUGGGACCAGACAGCUCUGUUCGGAGGCAUUAAUAAGGCUAGGUACAACGGCUCUCUCUACACUUUCCCCAUAGUCAACGGAUCAGACCUUACAAAAGCUCUCCGUAUCAAUAUGGAUGGCAUCUCGAUCAAUGAAACAUCUACAGCGUCAAAGGAGUUUCCGCUAGAUGCUGUCUUCGACACUGCGGUUGGAAUGACCUACGUGCCCAAGUCCGUAGCUCAGGCCCUGAAUGCCCAAAUUGGGAAUACCUCCGUUCCGGAUGAAAACGGACAAGUAAAUUUCUCUUGCAGUGCAGUGGACGAGAACUCGACAAUAGAGUUCAAAUUCGGGGAAUUGGAAUUCCAAUCCUAUCUCAGCGACUUUGUUACCCAAGAAAGUGACACUGCGGCGAAUUACGGGUGGUCUUCAGAUGAGAAGACGUGCUAUUUCACGAUCUGUGAGAACACCAUGCUCCAAUUUGAGGGAAGCAUCGUUCUGGGCUCCAACUUCAUCAGUAUGGUUUAUGCAGUCUUUGAUCUUGAGAACGACGAGGUCUCAUUGGCGAGACUUAGUUGGGAUGAAGCUCCGGACGAUAUUGUCGAGAUUACUACGAAUGGUGUACCUGGAGUGAAGAAGGAUUCGGCUGGUACGCGUAUCGAAAAAGGCCUGGGGAUGAGCGCUUUAGUGGUCGGUGCUGUGCUGAUCCUGAUUUUCUGA